GAGCCCUUUGGCUGAUGUCUGCGGCCUGCUGAUGCUGGGAGCACCUUUACUUGCCUUUGCUCUUGAAGCCAAUGUGGGCUCUGAAGGAGAUCUCACUUUGGCUCUCUGGGCUCAGAGCCAGCCUCCAAACUGAAUAAGAGGAAGCCCAAGGCCUGAAAAAUCAACCACGAUGUUCAGCGAGAGGGACCCGGCAGAACACAAAGAAAGCCAGCAGAAGAAGACGGUGGACUGGUCCUGGUCGCUCGUCCUGGCAGCUCUCGUUGGAGCCUUCGGAUCAUCCUUCCUCUACGGGUACAACCUCUCGGUGGUGAACGCGCCCACGCCGUAUAUCAAGGCCUUUUACAAUGCAACCUGGUACAGAAGACAUGGACAUCCCAUAGACCCCAAUACCUUGACCCUGCUCUGGUCUGUGACUGUGUCCAUAUUCGCGAUUGGUGGCCUGGUGGGGACGCUAAUGGUGAAGAUCAUCGGAAAGUUUCUUGGGAGGAAGUACACGCUGCUGGCCAAUAAUGGAUUUGCGAUUUUGGCAUCAUUGCUAAUGGCCUGCUCACUCCAGUCAGGAGCCUUUGAAAUGCUCAUUGUGGGACGGUUCAUCAUGGGCGUGGAUGGAGGCAUCGCACUCAGUGCGCUCCCCAUGUACCUCAAUGAGAUCUCCCCCAAGGAGAUCCGAGGCUCACUGGGCCAGGUGACUGCCAUCUUCAUCUGCAUCGGCGUGUUUGUUGGGCAGCUGCUGGGCUUGCCUGAGCUCCUGGGAAAGGAGAGCACCUGGCCAUACCUGUUUGGAGUGAUCGUUGUUCCUGCCUUGGUCCAGCUGGCAAGCCUGCCAUUUCUCCCUGAGAGCCCACGCUACCUCCUCCUUGAAAAGGACGACGAGGCAGGAGCCAUGAGAGCCUUCCAAACGUUUCUGGGCAAAGAAGAUGUCUCCCGAGAGCUGGAGGAGGUACUGGCUGAGAGCCGUGUGCAGAGGAACGUCCACCUGGUGUCCGUGCUGGAGCUGCUGAGGGCACCUUUUGUCCGCUGGCAGGUCAUCACUGUCAUUAUCACCAUGGCCAGCUACCAGCUGUGUGGACUCAAUGCAAUCUGGUUCUAUACCAAUAGCAUCUUUGGGGAAUCUGGGAUCCCUCAGGACAAGAUCCCAUACAUCACGCUGAGCACCGGUGGAACUGAGACCCUAGCUGCCAUCUUCUCUGGCCUGGUCAUCGAGCGCCUAGGACGGAGACCUCUCCUCAUUGGAGGCUUUGGGCUGAUGGCCCUCUUCUUUGGGACCCUCACUGUGACCCUGACCCUGCAGGACAAAGCCCCCUGGGUCCCUUACCUAAGCAUUGUGUGCAUCUUGGCCGUCAUCGCCUCAUUCUGCAGCGGCCCAGGUGGGAUCCCGUUCAUCCUGACCGGCGAGUUCUUCCAGCAGUCAGAGCGGCCAGCGGCCUUCAUUAUCGCAGGCACAGUCAACUGGCUCUCCAACUUCGCUGUGGGGCUCCUUUUCCCCUUCAUGCAGAAAAGCCUGGACUCCUACUGCUUCCUUGUCUUUGCCACAGUGUGCAUCAUGGGAGCUGUCUACUUCUAUUUGGUCCUCCCAGAGACCAAGAACAGGACCCAUGCAGAAAUCAGCCAGGUCUUCGCCAAGAGGAACAAGGCUCAGCCCCCAGAGGAGAAGGCUAACAGCCAGCCUGCACCAGAUCCAUCCUCCACGCUGGACAGCCAUGGCGAAAUCCAAAUGUCUAAAUAUGUAAUCUCACUAUAGGACCCCAAGGCCUUCCCGAAACUUAGAAGGUUUCAGCCGAUUGAAGCCAUGAGACUCUCAUACUGGGGUGUUAGGAAGAAGCUGGGGACAAUCAGAUCUCACAGCUGUGUCUUCACAGCUACCCCUUCCAAACUCCCUGGAAGCAUUCCCUAGGUUUGGUGCACUCAGCAUUCUACACGGACCAAAGGUCGCCCUCUUCAUGACCGAACCUGUAGUUUUGAAAUAAAGUUGGGGGAAAGGGAUCGGGUUGCCCACUCAAAGGAAGGACUUUUCAUCUGAUGGACAAUCAUUGGAAAGAAAAUGACAGACCUGGACUUGUCCUUGCUAUGCUGUUGCUAAGCAACCCUGACCUGCCCUUGGCCUCCAGAGUCCUGGACUUGGUCCUGCAUGGAGGCUUUCUGACACCCAUGGGAAGAUUCUAGGUCGACACUAACAAAUGCCUGUUGCUAAUCUACCUCUGCCCUGUGGACCUGAGGCUUUGGAACACCUCUUACCAGCCCACCACCUUCUGCACCUACCGAGACAGGCUUUGUCCCCAGCGCUCACGGUUUCCAGGUCUGAGGCUGUCUUUAGUUCAGACUGUUACAGGAGAGCACACGGAAGAUCAAUAAAUAAUAGUGUUAAGAAUUUUUCCUAACGCGAGCUCUCUGCCGACACAAAAAUUGCAAUCAAGCCAAAUCACAACAAGCCAAAUUUAAAAAAUAUCCAGAUUUAAUGGGAUUCCUGUGCUCCUGGGUGGCCCCGAGGGGGAACCAGGAGGCUGCGAAGGCGACCACCACUGUGGGGAGAGGAAAGAGGCCAGGAGGAAACUUGCCAAGAAAGCAGUUUAAGUAGACUGAGGGAGCGGUUUUGGCAGGCUCGUCUUGACCAACACUUGGCGGGCACAGGGAAGGGGCCUCCAAAGAUGGAGGCCAGAGACCAGGGCUUACAAAUAUGAGAAAGAACUUUCUGGCAACUAGGGGGCAGAGACUACAAGUUGAGCUCUGACCACUGAGAAUGACACUAAGACUAAACCUAGAAUUGAUGGAAAAGAACACUGGGAUUGAUUAGUAAUGCCUGCUCUGGAUGAAGGAAUGAGAGUCUCUGCUCCUGAGCCUCCUGUUCGCAGUGUGAAGGAGAUUUAUCUUCAGAGGUCACAAGUUGCCUGGAAAGACACUCCUUAUCACUCAGAGUGCUCAUGUGAAGGCUGGGAGAAUCACCUGCCUCAACAGCUGUUAAGGGAGUCAAAGAAUCGUAUGUACAAUAGGGUGUUUGAGUGGGUGUCUGGAGCAACUUUUAUCUUGCCAUCAUUAUACAUGAUUUAUGAUGUUUGGCUGAGUCUCUUCUUCUGCCCCUAAAACAAAGUACCUAUGACAAAUGUCAUAAGCAAAUGGCAGGUUCUUAAACUGGCAUUGGUGUGUUUAAGUUUAGAAUGCCUUAUAAGGCAUGGUACCAGACGGGGAAGUCCCCAGGCGAAGCAGCACUGCUGUUUUCCCGCCUACUCUAGACAAGGGUGGACUGAUUUUCCCUCACUCUUCAUCUGGGCUUCUCCAUGGGUGCCUUGCCAGCUCAGGGCACCGUGCCAUCCAGCACUGGUUUGGACAGUGUGUGUGCAUAUGGAGAGAACGUAAUACGUGGAUUUGACAAGUGCCAUCACCAAGGGAGCCAAGUAAAUUGCAAAGCAGAAAUCCUAACAUUUGAAAGCUGUCGUUCACUUGGAAAUUUAAGAAUUCUGUCAAUAAAUAUUUAUUAGCUAGUAACUAAUCUGCCUCGGCUGGGUACUGGAGAUAUGUCUAUGGGAAAGGAAACACCCAGCCCUGCCCUACACACUCAUGUCUGACGGAGAAGAGGGAGAGUCACAGCACUAUUGUGAGGCGCAGUGCCAUCCGUACCGGGUGAACAGUGGUGUGGGGACGUCUAGCAGGAGGAGCUGGGUGGCAGCCGAGAAAGGAAUGCCUUCCCAGACAAGAGACAGAGCAGAGCCAGGACGAGUGUGACUGUGAGGCCAGAGGACAGUAAUUAUUUUUGCAUGUUCUUAUAUUUGAAAUUAUAAUGAAGCCACACUACAGACAUUUUUUGAAAAAUAAAUCUCAUAAUAGAACUGA